GGUGUCCAAUGCAAUCCGAAUGGUCAUCGCGAUUCAACCGGAAAUGGCUUAAACGUACCAACGCAGCCACAAAAGGUCUUUCACAACGCGCGCUGCGCCCGCCACCACAAACCACAUCACAAUCACAGCCACAAUGGUGGCAGCAAUAGCAACAGCAAUGGCAAUAAUAACAACAGCAGUAGUAAUGGUUUGGCGAACGGUGCGACGGCGAAUAGCCUCACCGAUUUGUGCCACCAUCAAUUGGGCAAUCCACCCGCACACGGACAUGGACACAAUCACACACACACGAAUGGCGGCGGACAUCGACGUAAAUCGGAAUCAGUGCUAUCUACAGACUCAGAUAUACGUUUUACACGACGUAAAUUGGGCGAUAGUCAGAAGUGCGGCUGUGCUGUGAUAGCGGGUUUUCUAGUCGCCCUUCUAGUGGCUGGCGCAUUCGUAUACGUGGGAUAUACAUAUUUCCGCCCUGAACCACUGCCGGAUCGGACUUUCCGUGGAAAAUUUUUGGUCAUGAACGACAAAUGGUCUAUGGAGCUUGUGGAUCAAAAUUCUUUGAGAUUUAAUCAUAAGGCACGCGAUUUCCGGGAACGCAUUAAUCUGAUAGUAAGGCGCUCUGAUUUGCGUGAAGCGUACGAAGGCAGUGAAAUAUUGGCUUUAGAUGGCACCGAGGACAUCAAUGAGGUCGUCGUACAUUUUAACCUUAUAUUCGACCCAUAUGCGGGUCUUGUGUCUACGGCGGACCUCUUAGCACUCUUCGCAGAGGAGAUAAACUCACCGAAUCGCAAAUAUUUUGCCAACAUGACGAUAGAUCCACAAAGUUUAACCAUCAAAGAGGUAACUGGCCUGAUUGAGGAGCCCAUCAUGUCUUCUUCACCACUUGGCGGUGAAGACGAGACCACCGAGGUCAUUACCACCACACCCAAGCCACCUCGUCGUUGUGAGCCGCUUAAAUUGAAUUACUGCCGCUCGAUCGGCUAUAAUAUUACAACCUAUCCAAACCUCUUGGGUCAUCACUCAUUCGAGGAAGUGCAAGCCGAUGUCAUAGCCUUUCGUGAAUUAGUCGAUGCAGAGUGCUUUCGUGAGGCUUUCGACUUUGUUUGUCGCCUACUGCAGCCACCAUGCGAUACACACGGUACUCUCGAACCCACGGCGGGCAUUAUGUGUCGUGAGUAUUGCCAGCUUUUCAUGAAGGGUUGCGGUAGUCGAUUACCUGCGCGCUUCAAACAAUUUUUCGAUUGUGAAACUUUUCCUGAGUCAACGGGCAUACAAAGUUGCCAUCACAAGCCGCAUUGCGCGCAUGAUUUGCAGAAUAAUGCACAAAGUCCACGGCUCUGCGAUGGUUUCGUGGAUUGUCCAGAUUUCUCCGACGAGCGCACCUGUACAUUCUGCACGGGCAAUGCAUUGUAUUGUGGGCGAGGGCGUGCUUGUGUGGCGCGUAAGGCGCGUUGCGAUGGUAAAGCAGACUGUCCGGAUGGGUCUGAUGAAAAAGAUUGCCUUGCAAUAGCUCCAUUUGCUGCCGAUCUUCUGAAACCAGAGCCAAUGGUACCUUAUUUGCCACGCUUUCACUCUCAAGGUUUCGCGGUGUUCUCCGAAAAGGGUAUUGUAGGAAAACUAUGCGCAGAGGGUCUCGAGAAUGAUAGUAAACUGAUAGUACGACAAACUGUGGCAGAAUCGCUUUGCAAAUCACUCGGCUAUGAAUCUGUGGAAAUAUUUGAAGUGCGCAACGAUACCGAAAACGUGGAAGAUUAUGUGCGCGUGCUCGAUCCACAUGCGCCGGAGAUAUCCUUCAUACGCACACAUUGCCAGAAGCGUCAGGUACUCUAUGUAGGCUGUGGUGAGCUCCAGUGCGGCGUGCAGUCGGUUUUAUCGCCCAAGCAGUAUUUAUCGUUGCCCAAAAUGUCUUCACCCGGUGACUGGCCCUGGUUGGUAGCGCUAUAUCGUGAGGAUAUACACGUUUGCGAUGGAACGCUGAUUUCCCGUGACUGGGUUCUCACCACUGAGUCCUGCUUUCAAGGUCAACCACGUGCCACAUGGAUGGCCAUAUUCGGUGCAGUGCGUCUUUCAUCGAACGCGCCAUGGACACAGCGUCGCCGCAUUAUUGGCUUGAUAAAGAGUCCAGUGGAAGGCUCUACAGCGGCAUUGAUACGUCUCGAGACGCCAAUAAACUUUUCCGAUCACGUGCGUCCCAUAUGCUUACCUGAUGAGAUUAAACGCAGACAGGAACAACAAGCAAAACGUCGUGCAUUUGUACCAAAGGCUGAACGUUUAGAAGGCAAGCAACCAGCGCCGACCGUGCCACCCACACCCAGCGCUGUUCAACGCCGCCUAGCGGAAUCACAAAAAUUCUUUGUUUCGCCGGCAGUCGAUGAGGAUUUAGCUGACACGCAGAGCAUAAGUAGCAGCAAAGAGAUGAGGGAUGAGUACGCACGCGUCAUUUUUGAUCAUUCCGAAGCGGCAGCAUCACAAAUGCCGCAUGCUGAGGCGUUGACACAGUCAAUGGAACAAAAGUUCAAUGAGUAUCCAUUACCAAAGAGUGCGCCACAAGUGCAUUAUUAUAGUGGUGCUGCGUCCUCAGCUGGUCGGUAUGCGCCUGUACCUGUGGUCGGGAGUGGUAUAGCUACUGGUCGACCACCAUUAGCUGGUGUGGGUAGCAAAACGUCACCGGCGCCGCCAAAAGCUGAAGAAAUCUGGACCAAUUGCAAUACAUUGGGUUGGUCGAGACAACGCGACCAUCUGCAACGGGUGCAGUUGAAAAUUGGUGAUAUGGCGCCAUGUGAGAACAUCUCCAUAGCAACUGUGAAUAGCAUGUGCACGGAAGCCACAUAUCAAAAGCACGAUUGCACG